GAGUGAGAAGAGGCAGAGCGAGUGAGAGGGGAAGGGUGAGAGACAUGAGGCCUAAGCCGUUCACCAGGAGGAUACAUGUAUGAAUGAAUGGCAGAAGGAUUGGAAGAGACAUGAGAUGGAUUCAUGGGAAGAUGACCAGGCUGAGCAGCGCUCCUGUCUCAUUUGUGGAGACCGCGCCACUGGACUGCACUAUGGCAUCAUUUCUUGCGAGGGCUGCAAGGGCUUCUUCAAGCGCAGCAUCUGCAACAAGCGCGUGUACCGCUGCAGCCGCGACAAAAACUGCGAGAUGUCUCGCAAGCAGCGCAACCGCUGCCAGUACUGCCGACUACUCAAGUGCCUACAGAUGGGCAUGAACAGAAAAGCAAUCAGAGAGGAUGGCAUGCCAGGGGGGCGGAACAAAAGCAUCGGGCCUGUUCAGAUCUCAGAUGAGGAGAUAGAGAGGAUAAUGUCAGGACAGGAGUUUAAGGAUGAGGCCAACAUGCCAGAGCACACCUGGGGAAACAAUGGCGACAGCGAUCACAGUUCCCCUGGCAACGGCGUCUCCGAUGGCAACCAGCCCUCGCCUGCAUCUACGCUUUCCUCCAAUCGCUCAGUGGAGCUGAACGGCUAUACGGCUGCUCUGAGGGAGCAGUACAUCGGCAAUGCUGUGGCCCAGCACUACCAGUUUCUCCCGCACCUGUUUGGCUACACGGCGCAGCCCCGCAGCCUGUAUCCUCAGAGCCAUACCCUCAUCAGCCAGCUGGUGGCAGCAGAGGAACUGGCCCCGCUGGGCACGCCCAUGCUUAUAGAGGACGGGUAUCGGGUGACUCAGGUGGAGCUCUUUGCUCUGUUGUGUCGUCUGGCUGAUGAGCUGCUCUUCAGGCAGAUCUCCUGGAUAAAGAAGCUGCCGUUCUUCUGCGAGCUGUCCAUUGAAGACUACACACGCCUGCUGAGUGCCACCUGGCAGGAGCUCAUCCUGUUGGCCUGUCUGACCGUCUACAGUGCUCAGAUCCUGGGCGACCUGGCCAACGUCACUGACAAAUACACACCGUCCGAUGACGAGCUGCAGGGGUUCAGCGAGGAUGGCAUGGAAGUGAUGGAGAAGCUGAUCUAUCUGUUCCGCAAGUUCCAUCAGCUGAAGGUCAGCAACGAGGAGUACGCUUGCAUGAAGGCCAUCAACUUCCUCAAUCAAGAUAUCCGUGGCGUGACUAACAUUUCCCAGUUGGAGCAGCUAAAUAAGCGGUACUGGUACGUGUGCCAGGACUACACUGAGUACAAAUAUCCUCACCAGCCCAAACGCUUCCCCGAGAUCAUGAUGUGUCUCCCAGAGAUUCGCUGCAUCGCAGGGAAGUUGGUUAACGUUCCGCUGGAGCAGCUCCCCCUGCUGUUUAAGGCAGUCCUGCACUCCUGCAAGACCAGCCUGAAUAACUACAGGACCAGCUCCUCCCCCUGCGUGACAAAGGGCACCACCCCUGCCAACUAG